UUUUAAAACAUAUCAUAGUUCCGAUGUAGGUUCUAUUAAAAGUUCGAUAUUAGUUCAGUCGGAGCGUACUUCCCGUGGUGACGCAGGCGUUCAUUGAGCCAAAGGCUUCGUGCGCCGACGCAGAGCUCAGUGGCUGUGUGAACUAUCCGACGCGCACACGCACUCAUGUCCAAAAAGCCUUCGUGUUACUUCAUUCAAUCAAUGUAACUAAACAAAGUGUGCAACGUACAUCAAAUACGGGCCGUGAUAAGAGGGCAACGCGAAAUCAUCCACCCGCCGGCGAUAUAACCUCAAACCCUGACGUUUCAAGACAUGGACGCAACGUCAAAGGUGCAUCAACCCCACAGCUUUGAUAUACGGAGGUGACUGUGUGAGUGCGGUUUUUGAUAAAGUUUUCAUUCGAAGUGCUCGAUUCAUUGACUUAAUAUGGAGGGUGAAAGUAUGCAGUAUCAAAUGCCACAGACAGUACCGAGGUCCGGGUGUAGCCCGCCGUCUGCGUCACAGGGCGAGAGGGCGGUCCCCGCCUCCCCCGCCGACAUUCAUCACCUCCUUCGCCUCCUGGGGGCUGCAUCACCUCCAGAAUCGAUGCUGCACUCUCCUCCAAACCCGCACACCAAACCUCCCCCACCUUAUCCAGAAGACAACAACGUCUUCUUAGAACGCCUCUACGAUUUUGAGGGAUAUCACACUCCAUCUCCGUCAUCGGAUGACACAAUCCCAACAGUGGCUUUACAGCCGGCCUCACCUUACCAUUGCCUCCCGUACAACUCUCCGUCAGUCUACAUAAAGGAAGAACCAAACAGACUGGCUGUUCCAGGAUUCGCAUCGCCCUACCCCCUCUCGCCUUCUGGAUCUUGCGCAUCUUACGGCAGCCAAAAUCAUUACAACCAUUCACCAGUCCCACAACACGAGGAGUACAUUGAUAUCGAAGAGCUUCUAAAAGAAAAUCAAAUACUGCAAGAGAGCGUUCAACAGAAUUAUAUCACGCCAAAAAUUGAGGUCGAAGAGCCGAGAGAUCAUAUCCUUCUACGAUCAGCUCUCGAAGAUACCACUUUCCAGAAAAGAUUGAAUCUGAAACCUAUUCCUUUAGAAUUAGGCGCUGUCAAAAUGGAAGAGAGCAGCGGGGGUGACGAAACAUUGGUAGCACCAGAUAUUGACCGCGUACUGUCAAUGGCCAUCGAGCAGUCGAAGAGAGAUGUGGACAACACUUGCACAGUACUAGGAAUCUCGCCAGAUCCUAUGCUCUGGAGUACAGCGGACGUGAAGUCUUGGGUGAUGUUCACACUGCAGCACUUUAACCUACCGAUGGUUCCAGCAGAAUAUUUCGCGAUGGACGGAGCGGCUCUAGUUGCACUAACAGAAGACGAUUUCAACCAGAGAGCACCACAAGCUGGUAGUACAUUAUAUGCCCAAUUGGAGAUAUGGAAGGCUGCCCGCCACGAAGCCUGGCGGUCGUCACAAUGGUCCGAACAACAACAACAACAGCAGCAGCAACAACAACAACAUCAGCAACAACAAUCAACAACAGACAAGCAGACGCCAGCUGGUCUACCUUCAGUUGAUGACAUGAGUGACGAUGAAGACUCCGAGUCAGCAGGAACGAGCUCAGGAACAGCUGGCGGGAAAGCCAAGUCAGGGAGCACGCACAUACAUUUAUGGCAGUUCCUUAAGGAACUACUAGCCUCGCCUCAUAUACAUGGGUCUGCAAUUCGGUGGUUAGAUCGAAGUAACGGUGUUUUCAAGAUUGAAGAUUCAGUACGUGUGGCGAGGCUCUGGGGAAAGAGAAAGAACCGACCAGCGAUGAACUACGACAAACUGUCGAGGAGCAUAAGGCAGUAUUACAAGAAGGGCAUAAUGAAGAAAACGGAACGGAGUCAGAGGCUUGUCUAUCAGUUUUGUCACCCGUACUCGUUAUAAAUACUCUGUCGCAAUAAUUCUAGUUUUUAAGUUAAUUGUAAAUAUUUAUAAAUUGUAAAUAUAAGAACGUACGCACCGCGGUAAUGCGGGCUGAACGACAGCUCGUUCGGUUUUACGUGAAAACGCAAAACCGAACGCAGUUCUCUUGUUUGUUGACGACCGAAUUUCCGUUCGUUCGGAGUCUGCCUUCGGACUGCGGAUUAAUAGGCGCCGUAAACUAUCCCUCCAUAUAAUUCGAGAAAGGUAAUUUUCUCUAGAAUUAUAUUGGACGGGACUUUUCGCUGUAUGCGUUAGUUGUUAAGGUUUUUUUUUACCAGCGACUAGACGAUGGCGAUCUUUCGAUAUAACUAUACGAAUCGUAACGAUUUAAAAAAAAACACCGCUGUCGUCGAAAGCUGGUAAUGUUUAUCCCAUAUAUCUAUGAUAUAUUUCUAGUAUGUUCUAUGAACUUUUAGGUAUUAAGUGUUGUAAAUAAAUGUAAUAUUAUUGUCGUAUAUAAAAUAAAAUAAAAAAAAACUAAAAAAAUCCGUAAUGUAAUGUGCAUUCGGUAACAUAUGUUUAUUCACUCUUGAUGCCUGCGGGGGUAAUCUAUGGUAUGUACUCAAGAUUGUGAUGUAAAAAGAGAUUAAAUAUUUCCAUAAUAACUAAGUUAAUAUAGAUUUAUUGUGAAUCUUUUUGAAAACAUUUUUUUUUUAUAUUAAAAUAAUGGCGAGUGACGUCAAUUUUGUAAUGUAAUAUAGAUUAUAUAAGAUAUUUAAGGCGGAAACGAUUAAAUUUCGAAAUUGAAAAUUUUGUGCCAAAUAGACGUGUAUGGUAUUUAUUGGGGACAAAAUUUGGUUGUAUUGUGAUUAUUUGGACCCGCCGAUGUUAAUAUUGGUUUGUAUAAACAGUUGCAAUAACGGUGGUGGUUUAUUGUUAAGGAAUUAUAAUUUACGUGUACGUAGCGCAGUUAGCGCGGUAAAGUUAAUUAAAUUAAUAUAAUUAUUGGACCAAACUAAUAUAGAAAGUAAUGUAUGAAUUUGCCACAAUAAAAUUUAUUGGCCAUA